CCGAACCAGAGGGAACUUAAAGGCACAUGGGGGAGAGCUCAGUGCUCAGAGUGCUGGGAUCUGCUUUAGAAGGUGACCCUGUAUUGCGCCAUUGUGAGGAACAUCAUUUUGAUUUAUGAUGAGUAUUUCAAGUCACCCCACAGAGAAAUACGUAAAUGAUCAAUGGACCCUGCAAGCAAGAAGCAACCCAAGGGUUUUGCCCUAUCCCAAUGUUGCUCUUGUUCCUUUGCAUCAUCGUCCAGAUCUGAAGGGAUCUUGUGCAGAUCUUCUGAAUCAGCAGUGGCGUCGGAGCCUUGGAGCUCGGAUCCAUUCCUUGGAGAAAUCCUCUGAUGACUUCCCAGCAUGUUUGGUGCUCAUUGGCUCUCCAGGUGGCCCUGCCCUUGGCCAUGCUCGUCUCUGUAGAGUGAUUGGACACCCAGAUAGCUUAUUUGUAGAGUCAGUAGUGGUCAGCACGGAGCUCAGAGGAAUGGGCUAUGGCCGGCGCUUGAUGGAGGCAACAGAGUGUUAUUCACGGGGCAGGGGCUUCCGAAAUCUCUACCUCACCACCCAUGACAAGCAGGACUUCUACGCUCACUUAGGCUAUACCCUAACAGAACCUGUCCAGAAUAUGGGUUCUCUGGGUACCUUGCUGCCUAUGAGCAUGUUACAGAGCAUGACAACCACAAGGACUGACCUUACUUCCGCUAAUACACCACCCCCACCCCCUCCACUUCCCUCUCCUGUUCAUGCACAGGCUUCUCUGUCAGUUGCUGCACCUUCAUCUGCUCCAGCUUUUGGACCUUCUACCUCAGCUAAUACACCACCACCACCCCCUCCACUUCCUUUUCCUGCACAGGCUUCCUUGUCAAUUGCUGCACCUUCAAUUUUAUCUUCAUUAAAUUCUGCACCACCCCCUCCUCCUUUCCCACCUAUUGCACCACCCCCUCCUCCUCCCCCUUCACUCCCAUCUGCUCCAUCAGUUACCCCUUCGGUACAGGAUAUAGGCGCUACCUCUGCUCUACAAACCCCAUACAGGGAUUUCCGUGGAGAGCCCAUAUAUUGGAUGAAGAAAAGUAUUUGACUAUUUUGAGAGAAGAGAGUUGUAUCAUCUUGCCAGUCUCAUUGUGCCACAAUUCAUCUGCCUAACCCACCAAUCAGUGCCACAGCCUCCUUUUUUUUUUAAAUGGCUGUAUAUGAAAUAAAAAUGUCUUCUUUUCUAACUCA